AUGACUCAAAUAGACAGCGAUAUAACCCAUUCUCAAAGUGGACUGAGCGACGAACCGAUUAUUGUGCUUGAUAACGAAGGAGCGGGACUUAUAAAAACUACGAAAUCUCGCAAAACUAAAACAAACAUAGACAAAAGGCCGCAAAACUCUACACAUACGUCUAAACAGAAUAGCAUUCUCUCAGGAGGAAACCCGGUGUUUAAUAACAAAGUUACCACAGUGGCUGCCCACUCGAUCAUUAAGAAUGUUCAUAAUACAAAGGGAGGCAACCAAGCAAAUGAUCCUAUUCCCCUCAUACUAACCACUGAAGCCAAAAAAGUCGAUAUUGAAGUUAAUGAUGUCAAUGAUCUAAAUUCCACUAAC